GGCUUUUAUAUAUUUUUAUUUCUUCUUUGAAAAUUUUAUAAAUGUUCAAAAUAUAUCUUGAUUGUUAAAUAUACCCUACAAUUCUCCAACAACUCCUCAUCCCCACUCAACAACUCCACAUCUUCCUAACUUUAUGUCCACUUGUAUAUAAAACCCAGUGACUCUGGCUAGUGCUGCAGCUGCAGAUACGUGCACUGUUUUCCUGAUGAUUGUCACCUUGCCUAGGGUAAAAUGGAAUCUUAAUCUAGCUUUAUUUUCCCUUUCUUUGAUGAAGUUAAACAGUUAUAUAUUUUUUUGUAUGUUUAUGGUCAUUUGUCCUUCAUCUUUUGAGACCUGUCUGUUCAUCUAUAGCCUGUUUGGUGGUUAUAUUUUGUGGAUUGGGACAUGUAGGUUUUUAUUUCAUUUUAUUUUAUUUUAUUCUAUUUUUAUUUUUUAUGUUUGUUUUUUUUUCCAGACAGGGUUUCUCUGUAUAGCCCUGGCUGUCCUGGAACUCACUCUGUAGACCAGGCUGGCCUCGAACUCAGAGAUCCACCUCCCUCUGCCUCCCAAGUGCUACCACUGCCCAGCUUAUUUUAUUUUUUUAUCUUGGGCCUGAGAUUUGGGACUCAGCAUGUCAGGGCUUCUGCAUGAUCAGCUAUUUAACUCUCACUGUUCAAUCAUUUGCUUAGUGCACUCAGUCUUAUACCAACCAUUUUGGCUCACUGUGAGAUGAUAACAGAUAACUUGUGCAAGGGUCUAUAACUUGGGAAAACACUGUCUUUGUGGAGGGACCUUAGCAAAGAUUUUCAAGUGUGUGCAUACUAGAGCCUGUGCCUUAUAAACUUCCCCAUGGAUAAAUGGAGGCUUCAACUGGGCAGGAAACAAUGCAAUUUCCAUGGACCUUAAUUGCAAUCUGUGUUUCCUUGGGGGGCUAAUGGCCUGGGGAGAGAUGUCCUGAGCCAUGCUAAUGUGGUGACCCAGGCAUUUGUUCAGGUACCAAUUAUGAACAGAAGUAACAUCUGUCACUGUCAACCUGUUUUGGAGUGGGGCCCAUCUCUCCCCACCCACAAAGUUGCCAUGGUAAUUGCAGGGCAAGGAAUUAUGCCAUGAAAAGACAAGAAACAGGAGUGGAGUGCAGCCAAAGAAUCCCAGCUUUCAACACUGAGCAUCAACAACUGGACAGGGUUUGUUCAGGAUGAUUUUGUGUCAAGCCCCAACUGAGACACAGGCUGGAGGGAAAGACGCUAUGGACCUUACAUUCAAAUGACAGCCUUUUCACAAAGCCUGUCAUAGCUUGUACAGGAGGCUUCUUCAUGGGGGAAAUUGUUCAAACGUUGAGCAGCUCAUAAUUUUAAGACUGAGUUGGUGAUAGCUGUUGGUAGUGUUAGAAGAACCUUUUAGGUUCUUCUCAGGCCUUAUCUCUAGCUUCUCCUGUUUCUCACCAACACAGAACUCUUAAGUAUUACAUGUCAUAUGUAACCGUCAAAAGAAAAUUAAUUUAUUUAUUAAUUUAUGGUUUUAAGCAAUAUGGCAGGAUUCUUUUUAAUUAAAAUAAAUAAAUUUGUUCUUCAAUGACUUCACACAUGUAUGAAAACCAUGUUGACAGCUCUCACACCCCAGUUCCCUACCACUCGUUCCCAUGCCCUCUCUUAAGUCCUAUAUUUUCUAUAUGAUUCUCUGUCUCAAAUGUAUAUGGCUCUUCUGUUUUCUGCUCCAAGGACAAGACUUUACAUUUCUUGACCUUUGACUCUUGUUCUUGAGGCCACAGCUCUGGCCAUCAAGUCUUUGGACAUUUCUAUAGAUUUAUCACCUCCUACUCCUUAUUCCAGUUUUGACCCUUACCUUCAGACCUGUGUGUUCAGUAUCCAUUCGCUUCAGGGUCUAGCAUCACCUCAUGAUAGCAUAUUCCACACUCCCUGCUUGUUUUCCCCCUACCGCAUCCCUGAUCACUUUCCCAAUUUUAGUGGAUGUCAAUAGCCAAGAAUUUAGAAAUGUCCUCCAUUCGCCUUCCUCAUCUGAACCCUCAGGAAGUGUAAUGGCUUGGCCAUCAGCGCAACCUGCACUCUGCGUGUAUCACUUCAUAUAGCCCUACCCCACCCCCGUCCCAGCCACCAGUACCCUCUGAUUGCUUGGUUUUAAUAUCCUUUCAGUGAGUUUUCUUCACUCCACCUCUGCUCACAAGCACUCUGUUAACUGUGCAGCAGUGAAAGGCAUCUCUUAAAAUGUAAAUGAGAUCAGGUUGUGUCUCUGUUUAAAAUCUUCUAGGGCCUAUAACUAGGUUUCACUCCCUGCUGAACCCCAUGUACCAUACAUGGUCUAAAUGGGUUGGAUACUGUGUCUCUCAGAUCCCAUUUCCCACCUCUGUUACCUUCAGUCUGCUGGUUCCAGCCUUUCUUGCCCUAUGAGCAGUUCUUCUUAAAAAUGUCCUGCUAAUUUAGGGCUUUGCUGUUUUCUCUUUCUUCUCCCUGUCAAUCUCUGUAGGUGACAGAAGGACUCAUUCUUAUUGAUUCUAUUUUCUACUCAAAUACCUCUUCAAUGAGUUAAUUCUUCCUGAUCUUUUCUCUAAAAUUCCCUCUUCUCCCUCACACCUCACCCCCAUUAUCCUGUGUCCUACUUGUUUCCUUAAAACUCUCCUAGUGGGGAGGAAGAAGGGCUGUGAAUGUGUGUGUGUGUGUGUGUGUGUGUGUGUGUGUGUGUGUUGUGUUUCACAGGUAAAAUUACAUGAGUGAAAUAUGGGCAAGUACAAUGAGAUAUGUGUAUGCAAGUGUAAUAAAAAUGCCUAACACAGUCUGCAAUGGUAUUUCCUUGUAUCUUUGGAGAGGAAACUUUGAGGGCUGGAAGUAUAUCUAGUUCACUCUGUUUAAAGAUGGUGCUGUUGUAGGAUAGAAGCCCCAUGCAGGUGUUUUAAAUGUUCAGCACUUCUGUUAACUUUCAUGUUGCUACUCUACUGGUCUUAAAUGUUAUACCCAAUUCACAGACUGGAGCGCUAGUAUAUUCUUCAUGACAUAUCUCGUAUGUUACCUGCUUUAGCAGCACUUUCUGACCUACUGUAGAGAGAAAAUGGCCUACCCUGCUCCCUUAACAUCAUUUGCCAUUCUCCCAUGUUAUACAAUGAUAUGUUUGACUUUCUCACCUUUACUUUUGUAUUCACCAAGUUCAAUCCUAAUUGUCUUUCAACAACCUCAACAUCUUUCCUUCCCUAUUCUACAGGGAGGCUUAUCUCCUGAACCUGUCCCAGGAUUCUACUAAGUUCUGAUCUUUCAUCUUUAGGCUGUGUAAUUGGAAUUUGCCCUCAUACAUGUGGUCUGGAUUCAAGAGAUGUGUCUAGAAUUUGUACAAAGAACAUGUCCUCUCUUUUUGGAGUCUUUGUUGCAUUUCUUCUUCAUUUGGAAAUCAUCCUGAUCUCCUCCCUCUGGUGUUUGAGAUUUUUAUCUUUUCUACCAAUUGUCCCUGGCCUUGUGAUAAACCAAACAGUAACUUGUUCUAUUACUUUUCUGAAUCUGAAAAAGUCAGUUUUUCUUGAGAACCUGUCUGCUCUCAGCUAUAUUGCUUUGCCUUCAAAGGAGUGUUUUGAUGCAUUUACUGUUUGCACUGGAACAUGAACCUGGUAGGAGCUUACCCAGUCACACUGGAAGUUAAUUUCAAUAGAACAAUGCUGGAUAUCCUUGAGCCCAAUAAGGGUAAAUUCUCCUAUUUGUGAUCUGUAAAAAUAUUAGUCUAGAAUCAAGAAUACAGUCAUAAAUACAUGAAGCUAUUGUGGAAUGGUUUAGAAAAAAAUUAUUCUUUACUAAUGACAACCAUUUGUGAAGAUGCUAAUAUUAAAAGCUGACCCCCCUCUGAGGUCUGAUUUAUUGCCAAUAAAAUGGAUACUUAGACCUUGAGGUAGAGAUUAAUAGGAAAUUCUGUGUAGAUAAAGACUUGAACCCAGGAGGAUUUAUGGAUGAAAUAUUUAGCUACUCAAGUCUUGUGGUCGUUCUCCAAUGCUUGCUUUAUUUUCAGUGUAGGAAGCAAGAGGACUAGUGUUGAGGGAGGGGUUGGUAUGAUGAUAACAUGAGAGUGAGGAGGAGCUGUGAAGCACAUUAUGGUAGCAAAGACCAUAGACACGUUUCAGCGCAGGAGGACUCCACUUUGUGUAUAAAUUAUAUACACAUUUAUUUUGUGUUUUUGUGGAGCUACCAAAUUUCUUUUCUUGGCUAAGCUAUAGUCAAUUUUGGAAUUUUUCUUCUGGCCCAUGAGUACUGUCCUUUAUAAAAUAUAGUUUUAUUAAAAUGCUCCAAGCUCUGGUAGCACCCUGCAUAUAAUUUAUUUAUUCUAAAUUUUUAGUUUUUCAAAAUUAAAAUAUAAUUAUAUAAUUUUUUUUCUCCUUUCCUCUUCUUAACCACCCCACAUAGCUCCCCUUGCUCUCUCAAAUUCAUGGCCUCUUUUUUUUUUUUUUUGAAUACAUAUAUUUUCACAACUUGACUGCCCAUGUUCUCCCUAAUAUUCAUAGAAUAUCUAACAAAGCCCCAACUCCAGGCAUGAUAGGCCCUGUUUUGAAUUUGAAGGACACCUCAGACUUUAUAGUCUAUUGCUUACCCAUGAAAGGUGGAAGGCUAGUCCCUAUUGCUGAAGACCUAAUGCUCCCAGACACUGGACCCAAAGGACUCAAGCAGGAGAUGAUCUGAAAGCCUCACCCUUGAAAUCUGGCUUUUUGUCUUCUGUCUUCUCUUAGUUAUUUCUGUUCUCCAUAACCGACACUCAGCAAGAAGUCUGCUAGGUCUGUUUAUCUGGCAAACCCUAUCCCUGAUGGUCAUUCUCAGUAAAUAGAUCUCUUCUUUCUGACUCUGCUCCUAGACCAUAGAUCCAUGUUUGUUCUUGUGGUACUUAGAACAGAGUUCAAUUUAUGUUGUAGUAUCCUUUCUCCUGGCAAUGGUUCAGAAAAUAUUUUUAAACUAAUUUAUUAUCCCUUUCUGGUUUUUUUUUCCUGAUAGCUCUUUGAAAUGUACCCAAAUAUGAUUGGUAGAUUUAGAAGAAUCCAUCAUUUAGCUGAUAUUUAAAGGGCAAAAAUUCUAUCUCCACUUAAUUUUAACCGUUUUAUUAACAUGUCUAACUCUGCCUUCUUCUUCUUCUUCUUUUUUUAAGAAGUGGCACCUCAUCCUUAAGUGGGCAGCACAGGGCAGCCUCCUGAUGAGAGGCAAGAAACUCUAGAGACUCUGCAUUGCUCAAGAGCUCCUUGAGGAAUAACUGUAAAAAUGUUGUUGUAAUAAAACUUCAUAUUCAAAUUGCCUCUUAUUCUUAGGGUGUCAAAGUGCUUUAUCAACAUGAAUUGCUAGAAACCUUUUAGGUUAAUUAAAAUGAACAGGUUUCCUAGACACAGAAGGUGACUGCUUUUAUACUUGGGGAUGUUUCUUCAUGUGAGCAACUUUAAGUACAAAUAAGACCUUUGACUGAUCAGAGACAUUUCAAGAACCAGUGAAUUCAGCAUUACCAAGCAAACAAAUUGCUAAAUCUUACUGCUCUUCAGAAUAAUAAUGAUAAUAAUUCUGUAGUUCAUAAGUGGAGGUAUUCAUAGACUUACUUGUGCUACUAUACACUCAAUAGUUGCAGGCAGUCCUGUGUUGUGGUUGGCACCCUACUUGAAACAGCGCAUUGUUUGCUAACAAGAGCAAGUGCAAUUCAGGUUUUAUGCUACAGGAGUAUAGGUUUUAUCUACACUUGACAGCCCAGGAACCCAAGAUUUAAGGAAAUUAAGUAGCUUACCACCUUCGUGGCUCUAGCAAGUGCUGGAGCUGGGAUGAUCGUCUAGGUUUGUGAGCUAACUGUCCCUGUUAUUCUCUACCAACUGCAUUGCAAGUUCUUUCUCUAUUUCUAUACUCCAGGACAAUAUAACAUAUCUCCACCAGAAAUAGAAGUGCAUUGCCAACUCAAGGAUUUAGAAUUGGAGUUAUACAAUGGCAGGAAGAGGAGAUAAAGCCAGACUGCUGGUGUAAGUCAGAACAUGGAGUGGAGGUGGUGGCUGGCCAAGCAAGCCAAGGCAUUUGGACUUUUUCUCCAUAUGUCAUCCUGCUUAUCAAUAUUCAUGCAGUGCUCAGAGAUCCAAUUAGCAAGGGAAGGAAAUUUUGCUCUCUAAGGAUAUAAUGUGACUGUCACUACAGUAAAGACAUUAACAAAUUGUAUUCUCAUAGUAACCCUCUGAAGUAAAUCCUCAUGUUCUUUUCACAGACCUUGAAAUGAAGACUCAGGAAGGUUAAAGAAUCCGUGUAAGGUUGUAUAGCCCAUAAAAAUGCCAUCAAUUCAUUAAACCCAAAUGGUUUGUCCUUUCAUUCUCACAAUGUUUGUCAUCCAUGCACUUCUCAGACUUGAUGGUCACAUUAGACUGCACUUGGUGUGUCCUUUACUGGACUGCUAUAUAUAGAUUUCACAUCAUAUCCUGGCCCUUUGGCUAAGUCAAGUGUAGGAUUCCUAUUCAAAGUGAGCAUACCAUAGGCAAAUUUGCAUUUAGACCCAAUUGUGAUUUUCCAAAUAGUCAGACCCCCAGCAUUCAAAAGCAAUAAUAAUAAUUUUAAAAAAUGCCAGUAUUGGGUGUCUGUAACUUUUGUUACAGACAGGUUCACUCAGAUUUAAGCCCAGGCAGGGAUAUUACUUUGAUGUUGUGAUUUGUGUUGUGUUCACAGAAUUCUUUAUGCUGCCAGGAUUCCUCUAAAGUACAUAGAUGUUGAGGCCUGCAGGAUGUUGGCUAUCAUUGCAUCAUGCAGGAGGCUAUGCCCUGAGCAUAGUGACUGUCCACUGGCAAAGUAAGCAGGCAUGUUGACUGAAGCUGUGUGUCUAGAAUGAAUACAAUCUUAUAAAUAUUCUUACAGAAUUGGGCACUUACACACUCUCUUGUUGUAGCAUACUUUAUAUUCAAGUAUUUUGGUAGUGUUUUCCAGUGAGAUGGAAUUUAUGGGCAUGAAAGUAUGAUCUUUGAACUCAUUUGUGAGCCUUGGAGCUACUAAGAAUUUCUUAAUUAUUGCCUCCUUUUCUAUGUUCAGGUUCCCUUAAUACUGCUUUACCAUGCAUGUUGCUUAUUUCUCUGUUUGCCCUCUGCCACAAAAGAUAAAAAUUGUUUGUUGUGCUCCCUGAAUGUCACUUUUUAAUGAAGGGGAAGAAACUAUGCCUAUCAUGACACUAUUGUAAAGUGAGCGUAUGUGAACCCUCAGCACAACAGGGCAAACAGGCCAUCAUAGAGGGUAAAAGGGAAUGCAAGAUUGUAGAAACAUGGAAUAUCCCUGAUUGGCAGGGAGAGCGGAGCAAGCUAGUUUCUAAGUGCAUGCUGAAUCGAGAUGGCUAAUCUUUAGCUCAGAUGUCUCAGACUAUUUAUUCAGUUCUAUCGAGCAAUUAGAUUUGAAAUCUCCACAAUUUAUUUUUAAGCAAAAUGAACAUGUGAUUAAAAACUAACACCUAUACUUUAGGGACAUCACAUGCAGAUCAGGACUGAAGGCUAUUUGUAUAUUUGUUAAUUUUUAAAAGCUUUUUUAUUUAAAUUUUACAUUUCUCUGUCCUAGAACUUGCUCUGCAGACCAUGCUGAUCUGGAACUCACUGAGAUCUGCCUGCUCUGCCUUCUAAGUAUUGGGAUUAAAAGUGUGCACCACCAUGGCUGCAGCAUUUGAAAACUUAUUUGUGACAUGUUUUUAAAAUAUUUUGAGCCCCAAUGAUGAUAUCAUUGAAAAUAUAUAGAGAGUUUUAAAACCUCUACAAUAGAGUAUUUAUAGAUAUUAUUGCUGCACUUGAAAAUAUUGAAAAAAUAUUAUUAUGUUAUUGAUAAGAAGUAUGGCUUAGCAUAAUGAAAUUAUUCCUGUAAUACAGUAGGAAUAAAGGGGGACUCAGCAGUACAUCCGUGGACAGUGCAAAUUUCAACGCUUUGGUUUCCUUGUUAGCAAGAUGAAGAAAAUACUCUAGAAUUCUUCUGUGCUUAGGGGUUUCAGAGACAAGACAUAUGGUGGGUUGUCCAGAGUACAAGGUGGUAUGUAGGUUUGGUUGCACUGGGAAGAUUGAAAAUGAUCUCUUACUAAAGGGGAAGAGUAGGUAUACCAUAAGAUGUCUGUGACUGGUGCCAGAAAGGGGUUUUUUCUCUGCCCAUGUCUGACUUGUUUUGAACAACACUAUCACUGGUCCCUGUGUCCCUGCACCAUAUCCUUCAGAGCAACCAGCUUGCUAUUUAUCAAUUUCUCACAAAGACUCAAAAGGACCAGAACAAUUAAAACAUCGGUCCUAAAAUGUUGAUAGACAACAAACACCAACUAGUGGAGAGAGUAGAAAGCCAUCUCUAAAUGAGAUUUAAAAAAAAAAAAUUACUCAUUUGGUGUUGGUCUGUCUGCUAUCAUCUCUUACACUGAAAGCCAGAAAACCAAUCAGGGCUGAUGACAACCAAAGAUUUAGUGUGUAGCACAAUUAGGCGGAAUCCUAGCUCCAUCUGACCACUAGCUGUGACACUCUGCAUCAAUAAAUUGCUCACAUUGAGUCUCAGAUUCCUGUUCUACAAAAUGGGAAUACUUACGUCUACCUCGCCUUUAAAGCAUAAAGUAGAAUCCUGGAUGGAAUACAGAAUAAAGUCACCUUCUUCUUUUUAAAACUUUGCUAAUUAUUCUCACUCUUCCCCAAAAGGAAGGUUUGGAAUUGAAUAAAUCAAAGAGAUUCAGAGACAACAGUAGAGUCAUAUUUAGGCAGCAAUUGAUUUUUUUUCUUGGAUAAGAAAAAUUAUACAUCUGCUUCUAAAAUAUGAGGAGCGGUGACUAUGAUUCAUGCACACAUGAUUCACGGAGAAAUCUGGAGCUGAAACACAGCGAAACUAAUAAUAUUCCACCCUUGUGACUACAGCUUGCCUAAGCUUAGAAUGUGUACCCAGAGUCAGGGCUGUCAUCUCCAGGACAAGUAUGGUGCUUUCUUGAUUUAGCAACAGUGGUACAAGCAGAAAAGAUUGUGAUUUCCCCAUAGCAUACUUCCCAAAGAUGGGUACAUUUACAACAGCUGCAGCAUCUCUCUUCUCCACUAAUUUAGUUCUUAUCUAUAUUGACAUCUGGCACUUUUGCAGAACCAGCAGAGCAGCUUCUCAUUGGUGUCUUCACCUUCAUUUACAAGAAACCCAUUCUUCCUUUUCUCCAUAGAAUGAAUUUGUUUAUUGGUCAGAGAUCCACUGUAAGGCUUCAAUACAGUUAUCAAUUCAAGUAUCAAGGAGAUAGAGGGUGAGUCCUGGAAAUAUCAUCUUCUCACCACCUUUACUAAGUCUAUCACAACAUAAAUUCACUCACCAACAAAAUAAUUUACCACUAUUUCAUUAUGUUUUAUGAGGAUUAUAUACACAAACAUACAGUACACAUGCCACGAGAUGGAGUUGCCAUUGAUAAUUGCUCUUAGGUUGCUUUUUAUUGUUGGAAAGUCAGACGUAAUUUUGUUGGCACCUGCUAUGAACUCUAUGUGUUUGUCAUUCAUCUUUUGUUACAAUCCAUGGGCACCAUUAUCCUGUUUCAUGUUUCACUUUUCCCUCUGACGAUGCCAUCCUUUGCCCAUCAGAAUCUUCUAAGAACCAAUUACUUCAUAGAUCCAUAAUACAAUGUCACUCUUUGUCAUGUAUACUUCUGUUGAAUAGCUUAAUUAUUGCAGGGAAUAUCAAGGUUUUCCAGGAAAUCAUCACCCUGAAUAAACUGAAGACAUAUAACUCCACUACCAUGAUGAGUUCAGUGGGUGUAUGCACUCUGCACAUUGCAUGCAGUAUUGUACUGUGCAUACACUUUGCUUGAUAAUGCCAUGGUAAAUGUGAGUAUGACAUCUCCUCUCUUUGAACUAGUUCAAAUCCUAAUCCACUUACAAAUAUAUACUUAGCAGAGUUAGAAAUGUACAAAGACAGGCUGGGAAAGAAAGGUUUCAUGAUCAGUUAAGGUAUGUAUUUGGAAGACAUCUUAGACUAGAAAGAAUCAGGACACCAACCUGGCAGCCCCAAGGUGGUGUCUGUUUUACCUAGAUAAGUGCCCCACUAACUGAGUGAACCUUUGAGUUUCUAUUUAGUUUUCAAGGUCUAACAUAAGUAUCAUCAGAAGGUGAACACAAAUUCCUAUGUAACCCCGUUCUCGUCAUUAAAUGACACCACACAGUGUCUUCUAUUCCUCCACUUUCAGUGCUAUUCAGAUUUGGAUAACAUAUUGCAAGAACACUAUAAUAACAGCAGCUUUGUAGGGCAUCUUUCAGUGUAGGGCAAGUUGUCCCAUAAUGGGUUCUGUGAGGUAGCUGCUAUUAGAUCCUCUUUAGGAGAAACAAUGAGCCUCUGAGAAAUAAAUCAUUCUGUCUAUGGACACAUGGUUGAUAACAACACAGACAUGUCAGAGUUAUGAAAACCCAGUCCUCACUAAUGCAAUCUAGUAGCUGUUAUUUCUAAAGAUGUCUGAAACAAUAUUUGCAGUGUUGUUCCACAUAGUGGGACACCAUAGAGUGGUGUGAUCUCUCCCUGAGGGGCAGAGCCUUUCUCCACUUCCUAGAAGUUGAGCCAGUUCUGUCACAUGGCUUGAAGAGCAGAGCAUGGCCAGAAGGGUGCUGUUUACUUUUCAAGGCAGAGUCUUAAAAGAGCAUAGCAUCUGUUCUUCCUCCUGGGUUUUGUUCUCUUGGAGGCCAGUGAGAUCAGGAACUCUGACUUCAUAGAGAGAUGGGGUGGGGGGGUGUUGAUGGAAUUUUAUUCAUUCUAUUCAUUCACUCACAUUCUAAAGCUGACCUUGAGUUGACAUAUGAGUUCUUAAUCAUUUUGGUUUUUGUUUGUUUGUUUGUUUAGAUAGCAAUAGCUUUAUUAAUUCUUUGAGAAUUUCAUAUAGUGAAAUCCCUAUAUUUCACAAAUGUGUGAAGAAUCAAUCAGUUUUUACUUCCAGCCACCCAGUUUCAGGGUAAAUGCGUGCAUUAUUUGAUAUCCGGGCUGCAUACUAAAUAUCUUAAGUAGCCAUACCAUCUUCUUCUGGAAGAACUGUAAAUCAAGGACCCUACUGGGUGUAGCUCACAGUAAAUGGUCAGUAAGUAGGGACAUAUGUUAUCAGAUGAAAAUGUAGCCAGAGUUCAGGAAGGUGGCUGUCAAGCAGCUAAAGAGCAUCAGCUCACUGCCGAGCUAGCUACCUAGAGUGGUGUGGACUGGAAGGAGUGAAGGCAUCAAGGGCCAUGCUAGGAUGGCAAUCCACACCAACUAAUCCACACUGAAUCCACGCUAACCUGAGGGGAACUUCAAAUGCUGAUGAUUCCACCUUGGCUUGAAACUCAUGAUUCCUUUGUCCUAUCAAAAUCACUGAGUGUUUUUCAAGGAGUCUUGUACCCCUCCCACUCCCCCCCCCCCCCCCCCCGCACACACACACAAUUACCACCACACGAUCAAGAUGCUGGGAACCAGAAUUUCAAUUUUGUUUCUAUCUUCCUGUAUCACCUGGGACUUAUCUUCUCAGGCUUGGGGUUUGUCUCAGUUUCUUCUCUACUGUGGUAGUUUGGCAGGGUUUCUGAAGGAGGACUUGAGCAGCAGAUGGCACAAACACAAACAACAGUCCUUCAAACACACACACAUACAAACAUACAUACAUACAUACAGACAGAUACAUACACACACACACACACACACACACACACACACACACACACACACACACACACACACACAGAGGGGAGGGGCUCUAAGACAAGCUCCUAAGGAUGGAUUUCCUUUGACAAGACAGCUUAUUUGAUCUCUACUCUGCACUGGCUAGUAACACCCUCAUCUCUGCUCUUAUUUGUAAGCUGCUGUUUUAACUAGGCUUAAUACAAAACAUAAUCAUCAAAUUGGAUUUGCAGGCACUCAUUAGCAUAAGCCACCGGCUUGUGUAAUUGCCAUCAAAGAACCAGAGAAAGGCUGUGAGCAGAGUAGCUUUGCUGUGCAUGGGGUCUUCAGCUUACUUAUUUCUUUUGUCAUCAGCAAAUGGUUGUUUUUGACCUUGAAGUACCAGGGUAUAGCAAGAACACCGGUUGUCAUUUGCAUCUUGCUUUUGUGUAGACAUCUUUGUUAUUUUUUUUUUUUCUAGUAGUAAUGGUGUACUAUAUCUAGUCUACAAGAAUGGCAGGGAUAAAUGCGAUGUUAAUAAAAGCCACUUUAAGGGAGCUCCAGCAGCCUCCUAUAAUAUGCUACCUUGGCAGUUUCUAGGGCAGGAGAUCAAGGUGUUGAUAAAGCAUGAUCCUGUCCUUGGGUCACACAUGACUUGAGGAAUAUAAACUACAUACAAUGCAAUAAGUUCUAGCUCAGAGCACAGGCAGUGCCAGGCUAAUUAGCACUGCAUGAGCACUAGGCAACCUCCCCUGACCUCGAUAACUAGUUCUAAUGCCCCAGUAUCCUUUUGAAAGCCCAAGUACUCUGCAUUUGUAGCAUUUACCGCAGGUGGAGAUUGCAUUGGCAAGUGUUGCAUGUGCUUCUCCACAAUGUAAUCUUUAGAAGAGCAAAGAGCAUGACUUUUUAUUCACCAUUGAGUCCUGGAACCUUUCUAUCUGCCUCCUGCAUCAUAAUAGGUCCUUAGUUGGUUGGAUGAAACAGUGGAUAUAAGGUUUAGGAAAUCUUCCCAGAAAAGAGAAUAUUUGAAUUGGAUUUUGAGAGAUGAAUGGAAAACUGCAUUCAAAAUAGCAAAGAAAAAAAAAAGCUUAAAGGUAAUAACUUAGAAGGAAAGGAUGCUUUCAUUGGACAUUGGUUGUAGAUUUGUCAUAUUCCCUGCUCAAGUUCAGGCGUCUGGACCUUUAAGUUUUUUAGUAUAAAGAGCCUGGUGUAAAAGCAUGAAGGGCCUGUGGAUUUUAAGAACAGCGUAGUUCCUGUCACUCUGACAUGUCUUUGAAUACAUUGCUUGACGUCUCUGGGUACAUUAGAUAGCAACUGCAGAUGUCAUCCUGAGUUACAUGCCUCUUUUAUGAUUCCUAUAUAGCAUACAUAGGAUCUACCCAGUUAUUGACAUAUACCUCUCUGUCUUGGUUCUCUAUACCCCAGUGUAAAUAUACACUAUAUCAGCCAUGUACCCUACUGUAAGUCCAUGAUUUUGAAUGCCUGGUUUGACCCCAAGCCAUCCAAUUCCCAAAUGUGUGGGUGGACUUAAUUCAUAGUCAAUUGUUUUUUUUUUUGUUUUGUUUUUGGAUCAAUUUGAGAAUAAGGUAUUACUGUGAAACUCUCAUGGCUCUUGCUCAUAUGUUUCCUUAUUUGGAUAUUACAAAGUCAAGAGCACAUCAAUAGUGUUUUAGAAAUUAUGGGAUCUCAAGCUUUCAUAAAACAUUUAUCUCACAGCAUUGCACAUGAUUGACACCUACUUGAUGGAAAGGUCUUAUGGUGGUGCUGUUAAAGCUCCAGGAGAAGCUGACAAAACAUAAAGGAAUCAAAGAGAAUUCUAAGGAGGUUGCAUGUGUCGCAGGCUUUGAGAAAAAUAGGUGUUUUGGACAGAUCUUUAGGGAGAGAAUAUUAAGCAUGUGAGUCUCUGGGUUAAGAGACCUAGAAAAGUACGGAGUGGUUCAGGUGAAUUGUGCUGCUUCUGGUAGGGAGAAAAUAGACCUCAUGAAUACAGUAUCAGUGGAAAUGUAGGAAAUUAUCAGAGCACGAUGCAAUAUCUAUUUUGAUAUGAUGAUUUUUAGAUCUAAAUGAACUUCACUGUGUUAGAGGAUAUGUAUAUACAAGUCUAGAUUUAGUGGCUCUUGCCAUGCUAUUUAAUGGACAGUAGAUUGAUGAUGUCUUAAAGUAAAAACAUUGAUCUGACUUAUUUACUUAUUAAAUUCAUUAACUUACACUCACUCACUAUUCAUUUACUAACUUACUGUCACACACUCACUAACUCAUUUACAAAACUCACUCUCACUCAUUCACAAACUCAGCCUCGCUCACUCAUUCAUCAACAUGUUGAAGACUAAGUUUUUCACCGUUAUUUCCAUAACUGUUUUGCCAAAAUGAACCUCGUAUUUCUCACUUCACAAAUACAGGAUUAAUUAUUUAUUAGAUUUUAAAUUAUAUUAUACUGAGUUACAUGCAAGUGUAUAAUGAGUAUUCAAAAUAGAGUAUGUAUCUUCACUUCUCACUGACCUUUGCCCAUCCUGUCCCACCCCAUUAUUCCUUUUGACAACCUAGAAAGUUUUGUUUUUAUGUUUGCAUUGUGUAUACACAUAUGCUUUGAUGAAGCUCUAAAGGCUAGAAUCCUAAAAUGAGAGAAAAUCAGACUCUUUUUUGAGACAUAUUAAUUUAAUAAUAUAUAAUGUUCACAUAAUAUGAUCAUGUUCAAUUGCAUGUAUUUUCCUUCAAAUGAUGUAAUUACAUCUUCUUUAGGACUAAGAACUAUUCUGCUGUGUGUAUAUACCACCUUUCCAGUACUCAUUACACUAUUGGCAGAUCCCUAGGUCGAGUUCCACAACUUAUUGAUCAUGACUAGUAUUGGCAUAAACUAUGACAUAAAAGCAUCUGUGUGAUGUUUUGACUUAGGGUCUUUUAAGUAAAUAUCCCAGGGAAGUUUAUCUAGAUCAUAAGGCAGGUUGUUUGUUUGUUUGUUUGUUUGUUUUUGUUUUGUUUCUUUGUUUUAAAUUGCCAUUUUGAGGAUACUUUCUACUGACAUCCAUAAUGAGUGGACUAGUUUCCACCAGCAGUAUAGAAAGUGUCUGUUUGUCAAUGUUCUUAACAGUAUUUGUUUGUUUGUUUCCUUAAUGGCUGUCAUUCUGAUGGGAAUGAAAUGGAAAUUCAAUGUAGCUUUUACUUGCAUGCUUCUAAUGUCUCCUGAGGUUGAAGGCUUUCAUGCUUAUUGGACACUCGUGUGUCAUCAGUUAAGAACUACCUACUCAUCCCAUUAGCCCAUGUACUGACUGUGUUAUUUGUUUGUCUUGUUGUGUAGUUCUUGAGUGAUUUGUAUAUGCUAACUAUUUAUCCUCUGUCAGGUACGUAGCUAGAAAGUUUCUCUCCCAUUUCGUAGGUGGUCUCCUCUCUUGAUUCCUUUUCCUUUGCUACAAAGAAUGCCUUUUAGUUUUGUGAAAUCUUUUAGUCAACAAUUUUCUGUUUUCUGAGUAUCUGGAGUCCCAUUCAGAAAGUGCCUGAAGUAUUUUCCCUCUAUUGGUUUAGAGUUCCAGAUCUUAGAUUAAUGGAUUUUAAAUGUCAUCAUUCAAAUACCGUUCGUUUCAAGAUAGUAAUUUUGUAAAAAUCAAACUGAAGGACAUACAUUAGCCAACACAUCAUUAAUACUAUGGAAUUGAUAUUUUAUUAUAAUAAUUAUAAUAAAAUUCAUAUUCAUGAUCUACAUAUGAUGUCUCAUACCUGUAAUUCCAGCACUUAGGAGGUUGAAGAAGGAAGACUUACACAAAUUUGAAGCAAGUCUGAGCUAAAUAACAAGUUCCAGGCUAUCCUGGGCUACAGAGUGAUAUCGUGUCUCAAAAUGGAAUAAACAAACAAAACCAAAAUUUGUAUACAUGUAUGUGAUCUUGAGAAACGUUUCCCAAACACAAAAACUAGUUUAAUCAGUCCCCAGAUCCAGCCGCAGAAAACCGUCCACAUCCCAGAAAUGGACCAUGCUCCUUGCCAGUCAUUUUCACAUAUUGACAGUUACUUUGUUGAUACCCAAGAGCAUAGAUUACUUUUACUUGGUUCCGAAUAGAUUUAUGCAAAUGUGAUCAGAAAUUAUGGAUUCUUUCAUGGCAGACUUUUAAUUUUACCUAAACAUAAUUUUUCAAAUUGUGCUUAUUGCUAUAUAGAGAGAGCCCAGAGUAGGCUUCAUAUUCUGCCAUAUUAUAUCCAAAGCCUGGAUAUACCACAAUUCAUUUAUACCUUUUGAUGAGAUUUUUCAUCAGUGGAGCACUGCAAGGAAUGAUGGUGGCACCCAGUCCAUAUGUGUACAAAGGACUCAGCUAUGGUACUUUUCUAAAGUGGCCACUUCAACUUAGAAGGAAAUGCAUAAAUGCUACAGUAUGUUUUUAUCCAAUGCUCUCACUUGGUGUUGUUUGCAUCUUCUCUUGGAAUUCUAGUCAUUGUGACAUCACAUGUUAUGAUUUCAAUUUGCAUUUACUGGAUGACAAGUAAUACUGAUUUGGCACCAUAACUUGGUAUAUGAUCUGAGGUUUCAAUGUUUCUCUUAUCAUGUUCAUCUUCUAAUACUCUCCAGUUCUCAUGAAAAGCAGCUGUUAGAACUCAGGUUCAAAGGAAGUAUAGGAUGGAGCCCUGGGAGAUAGGGCUGUCUGUGCUCUAUCUAUUUUCUCUCUACCUUGGAGGUUGGCUUAGACUGAUCUGACACUUCAAUCUUUAUUGUGCACAAACAAUUCCCAACAGAAUGUCUGAUGCAGCCAAUGAGUGAGAGUAUUGUGAACAAUGGACAUUCUAUUAAGGCCUCUCUGGAGAACAUACCAACAAGGACUAGAUCUGUAUUUUCUCUGGAUGUCUUUAUGGAUACAUGAAGAUGUUCUACCCCUGUCUGCUCCCUAUACACUUCUUAACUGAUGAGACACCCACCUCGGAUGCUAACCUUGUCAGUGGUCAUUAAUGUUUUCAAGUAAUGAACCAAAAAGAUCAUGUCUGAAGUACAAGGAACAGUUGAGUUUUCUGUGGAGCUACAUAAAUUUUAUAAUGUGGAUCUCUUUCAGAGAGGGUACUACCAGAUCCGAGUGACCUUGAAAGUGUCUUCAAGGAUCCCCCACAGGCUGAGUGCUUCUAUCGUCGGACAGUCAGAGAGCAGCAGUCUGCAUUCAGCCUGUGUCCACGAGAGUGCUGUGCACAGUCGUGUCUUCCAGAUCUUAUACAGAAACGAAGAAGUUUCCAUAAAUGACGCCAUGCUUUUCCGGGUUCAUUUGCUCUUAGAUGGUGAGAGGGUAGAAGAUGCGCUGAGUGAGGUCGAGUUUCAGCUCAAGGUGGACCUGCACUUUACCGAUAGUGAGCAGCAGCUGAGAGAUGUGACUGGGACACCGAUGAUCAGCAGCCGCACACUUGGUCUGCACUUCCACCCGAGGAGGGGUCUGCACCACCAGGUCCCUGUCAUGUUCGACUACUUCCACCUGUCAGUGAUCUCAGUGGCCAUACAUGCUGCGCUGGUGGCUCUGCAGCAGCCCCUGAUCAGUUUCACUCGCCCAGGAAGAGGUUCCUGGUUAGGCAAAGGUGGCCCAGACACAGGACCAGAACAGCCCACCAUUUCUCUGGAAAACUUGGUCUUUGGAGCUGGAUACUGCAAGCCAACUUCCUCAGAGGGAAGCUUCUAUGUUCCCUCAGAGAACUGCAUACAACAUGCACACAAGUGGCACCGGGAUCUCUGUCUACUGCUCCUUCAUGCCUAUCAGGGCCUCCGACUCUAUUUCCUGGUCAUCAUGAGAGACAUUCCUGAGCUGCCCACCAUGGAGCUGGAGGCUCUUGCUGUUGAAGAAACACUUUCUCAGCUGUGCUCAGAGUUACAGAUGCUGAACAACCCAGAGAAGAUAGCAGAGCAGAUCAGCAAGGAUCUUGCCUGGCUGGCUUCACAUCUGAUGGCUCUGUGGACCCAAUUCCUGGACACAGUAACCCUGCACUCCCAAGUCACCACUUAUCUCACCCAGGAGCAUCACACUUUGAGGGUCCGAAGGUUUUCUGAAGCUUUUUUUUAUAUGGAGCACCAAAAACUCGCAGUCUUGACCUUUCAGGAAAACCUGAUACAGACUCACAGCCAGCUGUCCCUGGACAUCCGGAACUCAGAGUACCUCACCAGCAUGCCUCCAUUGCCCGCAGAGUGCCUGGACAUUGAUGGUGACUGGAACACCCUGCCUGUUAUCUUUGAAGACAGAUAUGUGGACUGCCCUGUCUCAGGGCAUAACUUGAGUGUUUAUCCUAAUUUUGAUGUCCCAGUGACAAGUCCUGCAAUAAUGAAUCUAAAAGGGAAAGAAAAGAAUCUUAUAAAUCAAAACUCAUCUUCAAGAAAGGACAUUCCCUUAUCUACUACAGAAGCACCCCAGCUGGGCUCUGAUGAAGAUGUUACUAGGCGUCCAGAGGUGCAGGAGAAUGUCUCCACAUGGAAUCCUAUCGAUGUGUGCUCAGAAUCUCAGGUGUACCUGACCAUUGGUGAAUUUCAAAACAGAGCAGGCAUACCUGAAGAUGAAUGCUGGACUGGCCCUAGGCCUGAUGCUGUAAAAGAUUCACUAACAGAUACGGACAUAUGUAGCAGAAGUCCAGGCCCUGAUGAAGGGCAGACCCCAGCACUGACCUAUAUUGAUGUGCAAUCUAGCAAUAAGUACUGCCCUAGAGCUGAACUGGUACAGGGCAUUAAUGUUCAGCAUGAACACAGGAGCUCAAGGGAGAGCUAUGGUAUUGUUAAGACUGUGCCAAGCAAAGUUGUAGCAGGAACAAGCCAGAAUAAUUCCACCUCUUUAAACCAAACGGCUGCUCUUGAGUUGAGGACUCUAGGGAGGGGAGUCAACCAGGAUGGAAAGCCUGUCCUGCUAAGCCUGAAGCUCACCCCUGCUGAGCCCUGUGACCCACCGAGCACUGCUCUGAGGGAAGCAUUGGACACUAAACCUUCCCAGCCUGACCAUGCUGAAGAGCCAGAGGAUCUUUCAGCGCUCUCUGGCGUUAUCAAGAGGUCAGCCUCCAUAAUAUCUGAUUCAGGCAUUGAAAGUGAACCAAGCUCAGUUGCCUGGUCUGAGGCCCGUAGCAGAGCCCUGGAGUUACCCAGUGAUCGUGACGUCUUACAUCAGGUGGUUCGAAGGCAUGCGCACCACAGGAACUCUUUGGAGGGUGGUCACACAGAAAGUAACACGAGCCUGCCCAGUGGCAUUCAGGCUUCUCUUUCCUCCAUCAGCUCAUUGCCUUUUGAAGAGGAAGAGCGUGAGCUGGCACUUAACAAGCUAACCAAGUCUGUGUCUGCACCCCAGAUCAGCAGCCCUGAGGAGUCUGCUGAAGGUGCAGACACCAUAAAGAACACAGCAGGUUUUUCUGAAGAUCUGGACCCUUCUAGCAAAGAAAACAGUCCACCCAGACACACUUCUCUUUCGUAUGGUGGGUCUAGGGUCCAGGAUGUUAGGGCAGGACAUUCCCUUGCAGAUAUAGCUUUAGAUUCUGACAGACCCCAGGGCCCUGGUUACAUGGACAUCCCCAAUGACAAAGGGAAUCACCCUGAACUUCAAGAACCCUGUUGUCUGGAUGGCAUGGCUGAGACCCCACUACAUGUUGAAACCAAAGGUCUUAACUUAAAAAUACCAUGUACUAUAGUGCUUGAAAAUUCUAAGUCCAGGUCUUUUCAUAGAGCAGCAGGGGAAACUGCAAAAGGUAAACCCGAAGAAUUGAGCAUGAGUAAAUGCGUGCUCUCCAAUAACAGCAUCUCUGAAGUCAGGGCUGCGUCUCACCACAGGGUGCCUGAAAUCAGUUGUUCACCAGCUGUUGAAGCUGUCAACCUGAAUUCUACAGGUGUACAAAAUAGUUCGUUAAGUGUCAAUGAUACCAUGACAUUGAAUAGAAGACAUAAUGCCUCUCUGGAGGCCAAACAUGAAGCAGGCACCGUGUGCCCCACUGUGACUCACACUAUUGCCUCCCAAGUGUCACGAAACCAAGAGCUGAAGACAGGAACUUCCAUCUCUGGGUCCCACUUGAACUCCACAGAGGCCUUUACUCUGGAUAGCCUGAAGGCAGUGGAAGUUGUUAACUUGUCUGUGUCUUGCACUGCCACAUGUCUCCCUUUCUCAUCUGUACCCAAGGAGACACCUGCCAGGGCUGGACUCUCUUCCAAACAAAACCCAGCUCCUAUUACUCAUCAGCCUUUGGGUUCCUUUGGCGUUGUUUCUACCUACUCCAGCAAGCUGGAAGAAGAAGUCAGUGAAAGGAUGUUCAGUUUUUAUCAGGCCAAAGAAAAGUUUAAAAAAGAACUGAAGAUUGAAGGAUUUCUGUACAGUGACUUAUCUGUACUAGCUUCUGACAUACCAUAUUUCCCACCAGAGGAAGAGGAGGAAAACUUGGAAGAUGGGAUUCACCUGGUGGUCUGUGUCCAUGGCCUGGAUGGCAACAGUGCAGACCUCCGGCUGGUGAAGACAUUCAUAGAACUGGGACUCCCUGGGGGAAAACUGGACUUCUUAAUGUCUGAAAAGAAUCAGACGGAUACAUUUGCAGAUUUUGAUACCAUGACAGAUCGAUUGUUGGAUGAGAUUAUUCAACACAUCCAGUUGUACAACCUCUCCAUAUCCCGAAUUAGCUUCAUCGGCCAUUCUCUUGGCAACAUUAUCAUCAGAUCCGUCCUUACAAGACCCCGGUUCCGGUAUUACCUCAACAAACUCCACACAUUCUUGUCAUUGUCUGGACCUCACCUGGGGACUCUGUACAACAAUAGCACCCUGGUUAGUACUGGUUUGUGGCUCAUGCAGAAACUGAAGAAAUCUGGCUCCCUUUUGCAGCUGACCUUCAGGGAUAAUGCUGAUCUGCGCAAAUGUUUCCUUUACCAACUUAGCCAAAAAACAGGGCUGCAGUAUUUUAAAAACGUCGUUCUGGUUGCUUCUCCCCAAGACCGCUAUGUGCCAUUUCAUUCAGCCAGGAUUGAAAUGUGUAAAACCGCCCUCAAGGACAGACACACAGGGCCAGUGUAUGCAGAAAUGAUCAACAACCUCUUGGGCCCUCUGGUAGAAGCCAAGGACUGCACUUUGAUCAGACAUAAUGUGUUCCAUGCUCUACCCAACACUGCCAACACCCUGAUUGGACGUGCAGCUCAUAUAGCCGUGCUGGACUCGGAACUCUUCCUUGAGAAGUUUUUCUUGGUGGCAGGACUCAACUAUUUCAAGUAGUAGCUUCCAGGGAGCAGCCUGGGUGACUGUCCAGAGCUGCUCAAGAUCAUUUGAGUUCUUAGCUAGGUCAUGCUUUUCCACAUCUCUGUAUUCCAGAGUGGAGUAGAAGGAGAGUGGAGGGUGUGGAGGGAUAAAGCUGGGGUGGGACUGGACACUAGAGAUGCUUGUAUUUGAGACAUUGGGGAAGUUGAACAAACAGUGCAAAAGAUAACGAUGUUUUCUUGAAUUUGUCUAUCUUCCUCGAGUCUCAUUUAAGAUGCUUCUAGGGACAAUAUAAGAAAAUAAGAAACAGACAUUUGCCAUUGGUGAGCCCAGCUUUAUAACUACUCUGGCUCAAGGGAAUUGGUUCAACUUAACUAAAGUUUCCCAAUUUGUCACUAAGUCAUAGCUUUAUCAUGUGUUGAUUCAAUUAAGUGCAUACAAACAUUUCAGAACUCAGGUUAACUUCUGUGUGGAAGUGAGGCAUCUUCCUGUAAAUAGAACCCUUAAUAGAUCAAACGUACCAUUUGAUCAAAAGAUUAUUCUAUUCGUAUUCCCACCCUCUCUGUAUUUUCUAAAGAAAGGACAAAGGCAAAUGUGAUAAAUCCAAAUCUUAUCUUCUAGCAGCAGUAGGUAGGGUGACUUAGGGAAAAGAGAGCUAAAGGUAGUACUGUCAAUAAAUACAGGUUUGGUAUAAACAGAAAGAGCUAUAGGGAGCAUAUUGAACCAAUUGCUCCACCUACUUCCUUAAGCUUUUUCUAUGCAUAGUUCAGUCUGCAAUUUUUUUGAAUGCUUAAAUUCCUCUCUGAAAUAGAGAAGACUGAGAGAAACUCUCCCUAGCAGAAGGAGGCAGUCAGAUGAAUGUAUUCAUGUGUGGAACUCCUGCUGAUGCACUUCCAAAGAAAUGCUGGAUUAGCCUUGAAUGCAAGAGCAAAAAAUUCAAAACCAUUAACAUGGCCAGCUGCUGCUCCUCUCCUUGGAAGGAGAAAGGCAUCCUAAGGGAGGCAUGCUGGAUAAAGAACCUCAGGGGAGCUCUAAGAAGGGUGCUGUUAUCUUUCAAUAGUGAUGUCUUUAUGCCUUAGGAAAAUAAAGGGCUAGGAAAGACCACAUUUGUAGAAACUAACAGAUAGCAGAGACAAAAGUAAGAUCAGAAUGAGAAACAAAAGCCAGACCGAAGACCUGACUUAAAGUGUUAUUGGUAAGUGACUGAUGCAGAAGUUUUAAAAAUAACCAGGAUAUUUAAAAUGGUCCCUAAGUCUAUCCACUGUGUAGGUUAAAAGGCAGAAAGAGAAAAAAAUUAGCUGUAUAGAAGCAAUGCAUGAACCAGGUCGCACAGAUGAUCACAUUGGAGAUAAAGCCCAUAAUUUUUGCAGAAGUACACUGCACUGUAUAGAAACCUAGCUCACUGAUCCCAUGAGAAGAAAGCCAUGGGAGCAUGGGUGCAUGUAACAAACUAUAAACCCACACACAUGCAGUCAAUUCAGACCACGAGAAAUGCAUCCAGAUAGUACUUUGCAGGACAGUGGACUUGUGAGUAGUAUUGAGAGGGACCUGACAGCUUUGCAAAGGUAGACCUCCCUAGAGUGAGCUCAGGGUUUCUCCAUGGAUCAUUUCUGCAUUUCUUUAUAUCCUGGUCUUACUGCAUGCAUUUAUCAUUGGGCAUUCUCCUGAGAUCCUGAGUCAGAGUUUGGCACAGACUCUACCUACUCAGUAGCAUUGACAUGUUGGCUUUGUUUCUUGGAGAACAAUUUUUUUUUCCUAGUCAUACAACCCAGGACCUUCUGACUCAGACAAGUGCUGCUGCUUGUAGCAGCAUGGUCAUACUGUAGCAAAUUCUUUUUUUUUUUUUUUUUUGGCUAUGUGUGGAGCCCUGCCUGUUUGGUCUGAUAUGCCUGUUUUGUGUUGUGUUUCCAACCCUCGUCAUCAGCGUUUCUCCACCUCUUGUCAUUUGAAAGACCAUAUAGCAUUUAUGAAGCCAGAAUGAAUUUGAUGAUCAUCGUCUUUUCCAAUAAUCAGAUGCCAUUUUUUAACUUCAAUAUGCUGUCUGGACAUAGUGAGAACUAAAGGCAAUAACUGUCCAGCGUCAUGGCACACCUCUUUUAGGUGUCCUGCUGUCUUUGUAAGCCCUAUGUGGCCUCUGAGAAUCCAUCAUCAUCAUGUAGAAAGUGUACUCAUGUAUUGUAAAUAAGAGUGUCAAGUAUUGAGUGUCAUGCCUCAUUUGAAAAGGCUUUUUUAUGUCUAUUUCUAUUAAAGACUAUAUAUAAUAUAAUAUAUAUCAAUAUACAUAAAUAGUAUAUGUAUACUGUAAACAUGGAUAUUCUAAUAUUGAUUAUAAAAUGAUAAGCAAAAUGCCUGCCAAGAUAAUGAUCCAAUAUGUUUCCAUCCUCAGUUCUAUUUUUUGGUUUUGUUUGUGUGAUUAGUAGUUUCCCCAAACUAGUUAGAAAUAAACAUUACUAACCUUGAUAUUAUUUGAAAUUUGUUGCUUAUGAACCAAAUUCAGAGAAAGAGAUAGAAACCUAAAGCAGUUUGGAAUCAACCAAUGACCUCUGUGAUAGCAGAAAUCAGGUGCAGUGCUGAGAAAAUGGGGAAGGAUGAAAGGAAAAAUCUGUCUUACAAACAUCAAUAAUUCCAUGACUUUGUGAGCUUGUAUCUAUGCCAUACAGAAGCCCACAGACAACAUGUGAACUUGGGAACUCAAGAAGAACAUACCUUUUUGUUAUGAUGUUUUCAAGAAGAUCUAUGCUAGAACUAUGACCAGGAGCAGGGUUUUGUAGAAUUUUCAUCUUCAUUGUCUCAGUAAAAGCAAGCAGAUAACUUUGAAAGUGAGACUAUAAAGAGGAGACUAUUCAUCCACAUCCCCAGAUAUCAUUGCAUGCUUUCAUGAUGACAUACCUCAAGUAAAUACAUCUGUAUGAGAGUUGUCUCUGUGCUGAGAUGUAUCAGUAAGUCUGGGAGCUCUUGGCUUAGAAAAAAAAAGUGAAAAUUAAGGUUUGGGGAUCUACAAAUACUGGAGGGCUAUUGUUAGUACCCAGAGCUAGGACUUUUGCCUACACCAGAAAGGUGCCUGCUCUUAUGAAUUCUUCUCUGUGGACAUUUGAUGUUUGAGCCUUAAUAUGAAGGCUGAACCAAGUGUAGGGCUGGUGAACAUCUGUUUGAGGUAAUCUAUAUCAAAGGGAAGAGAAUAACCAAAGACAUUAAGGGGCAGGGAUGGGUGUGUAUAAAGGCAAGAGGGCAUAUUAAAGAUGAGAUGGAGAAUCUGAGCAAGAAUGACAAAAGAAGGUAUUAAGAAUUUUCCAUUCAUGCAACAUUUUCUUCUCAUGUCAGGAGGAAUUCACCAUUAUUUACAUGUCAGGAGGGAGAGAAUCUACUUGGAAAUGAAAUGCUCAGGUUGCAAGCCUGCUCCUUUCUGUUAUCAUAGCCCUCUCCUAUACCUGUAUUAGAGACCCUUGAUUCCCCACCCCUGCCAUGACUAUGUUCUUCCCACCACUCGUCACUGAGCUUUUCUUUUGGAGAUACAUGGCAGAAAUAUCUGUUGCAUUUCCUAAUAAGUAACCUGAGAAGGUGACAUCUGACAGGGUAAGACAAAACAUGAAAUAGCUGCCUGGAAAAAAAUUAGAUUCUUUUAUUAAUUCUAUAAGAAUUUCAUACUUGCAUACAAUGGAAUAUGACCAUAUCCUAUCCCCAAUCCCCCUUCAGACUUAUCUCAAACCAUCCUGCUGUUCAUCUCCUCCCAACCUCAUUAAGUAUAGUUAAUAGUAGUACCCAUAUAUGCCUGGAUGUGCAGUCAUCCAUCAGAGCAUGGGAAACUCAUGAGUAGUCACAGACUUAUAGAAGAAGAAUUCUCCCUUCCCCAAGAAGUUAGCAACUGCCAGUAGCUCCUUGGUAAUGAGUGAGGCCCAGAGAUCAAUUUCUCCAUGUAAGUGGAAGGUUUAGUUGGCUUUAUAUUAUGUAGGUCUUGCAGAAAUGACCAUAAUUGAUGUGAAUACAUGGACAUGAUGUGUCCUGAAGACAACAGUUCACAAAUUCUUCCUAUUCCCCAGCUCUUAUAUUCUUGUUUCCCUGUAUUUCUUCAAUGCCCCUUAAUCCUGGUCAGGGUGGAGUAUUGAUAUAGAUGUUCCAUUUUGGUUUGGCACUCAGACUAGUGCCACUGCAAAAAGAAGCAGCUCUGACUGAAGUUGAGAGCAACCCUGCCUAUGGGUAUAGAUAUAAAUAUUUAGAAGGCAAUUUGAAAAAUAUGACCAUUUACUAAAAUAAACCUGUGGAUUCCAUCUUAGUGUCCAUGACCUCUCCUGACAUCUGAUUUUGACUAGCAUUGCAUUGCUAUGCACAGAAUUCCUUUCUGUGGAGAAGGUCCAGAACCCAGUCAUGCUGUUAUCAUGCAGUGUUGCAUGUUCAAAUUCCACUGGGGGUGAAGUUAAGUAUGUAUUUAGCUAUUCUGGAGUUAAGGCUUGAACACUGAGGCUUCAUUCUGUUCUUUAGCUUUGGUACCUUUAAUCCAGAGUCAAUGGGAAAAGAUAUAGUUAAAAAAAAUCAAAACCAGACUACUCCUAAGUCAUGCACAACCUUGUGAGAUUCUAUUAUGAUGUCCUGUGUAAAACACCUGCCUAACCAACAAGUGAGAUGACAUGGAAGAUAUUUUUCAUUAACAAAGAUGGUAUCACAAAUCAUUGUCAGUGAGAGCAGCUGGGGGAUAGUUGGAGUGUUCCAUGACUGGCAGAUCACUUAUGUUGGUCCAUCCCUCUGUCUCCUGGUUGUCUUUUCUUCUUCUACCUACCUACAAUACCAUUCCUGAAACCAUGAUGCUCCUGCUUUCAGUCACUCACAUCCUAGGCUAGCAGAUGUGUAUUCAUCCACACAAGUCCUUUUAUAAAGGGGCUUGAACCACAACUCAAGUAUUCACAGAGGAGAUAUCCCUCUGCAUAAUAAAUCCAAGCCCCAAUAUAUUGCCAUUAUCUUUGUUUUCAUGGUCUUAUAAAUUAAUAUACUCUUGAGGUUUCCAUCACAUUAAUGUAGUUCUGUUAUGUACCUUACGGAAAGCACCAUGUGUAAUCCAUUCAUGAAAACCUGAAGCUUGACCCCUUGCUUGGAAUAGAAUAUGGAGAGGAUACAGAUAGUUUUAUGGGAUGUUUGGUUUGUAAAAGGUCAUUUUUUUAAGCCCAUGCUUUUUUCUUCAGUUUUUAAUCUCAGCCAGAGCAACUGAAAAUGAUGUAAGAACAACUCAGUACUGGGUAAUUCAAGGCUCCAUGAACAGUAGCAUCAUAAGAUAAUAAAUUACAAUAGAAUUCUGUGUUAUGAGAAGAGUCCAUCUUCUCAUUUAUUAAACUGGUUUUGAAAAUGAGUAUUGAAAAGCAAUUCAGAAAUAGAUGAGAAAGGAGAAAUGAAUAUGCAACAGAAAUUGCUAGGUUAGGAAUUUGGAGAUCUGGGGAAGCUUGAAAAUAUUUUGUAGCAAAAAGGUUGCUGGGGGUGGGGGCAAUGUUGUUGGAAUCAGAAACUUGCUAUGUGACUUAAAAGUGAUUUAAGGAUGGAUUGAGGGACAGUCCCAUGUCUAAAACUUUAGGCUUAGGUUUUUUUUUUUAUCAGUAUUCCAUCUUGCCUCCUAAAUGUUUCCACCCUGCACAUUUGUAGGUUGUUAAUUCAGUGUGUGAUUGAUUAGAUUUUCUAUAAUUUUUCUACUCAGGGCAUAGCAUCAACCAUUACUAAAAGUUGUGGAAAGUUUGCAAUUUUGACACAUAUCUAGAAAAAGAAUUAUGUCUAAGAGUAUUUAGAAAUUGAAAUCUGUAAAUAUCAGUCUGAUUCCUUUAUACUGAUCCCAAAUGCAUUUUAAAAUGUCUUUUAGCUCAAGGCUAAAUUAUUGAAUGUGGAAAACAAUUUUUCUCAUUUUCAUACCCCAUGAAAAUUUAAUAAUAAGGUGCAUAACUCUCUCUCUUUGCACAAUACACACAAAUACACACACACACACACACACACACACACACACACACACACACAAGAAGGAAAAAUUGCAUUAUUUUGCAUCUAAAUAGCAUUGCUCAUGUAGUCAUAAUCAUUUUCUAUGUCUUGCUAAAACAUCUAUGACUUUUAUCCAUUUUUUCCCAUAAUUCAUUAUCAAAUAUAUUUCUCUUAGAAACAUCAUUUAUUUGAUAGUUCCUUGGCUCUUUGCUAAAUAUUGCUAACUAUAGAAAGGAUUGUUUUAGGAUGCUUUCUUUAAUCUAGUGGGAGGAAAAUAUGGCUACAAGAAUAUCCCAGGAUAGACUGAACUAAGAGUGCUGGGGUUAAAAUGAGAAUAUGAUCCUGUGGCUCGAACACUGGACCAAACUCCUAAUCUAGCAUUCCUUCAUCACUGUCAAGGUACGAAAUUUUUAAGAGGUGAAUGGUCCAUGAUAAAAUCCAGUCUGUCAAGGAGCUCUUCCAGCCCAGAGGCAUGAUAGGUGGCUGCAAUAUAUAGCCUUUGAAUGCUCCAGAGACUCCAAGGGAUGCUUCUGCUUUUUUCCCUCUUAGCAGAUAAAUAUAGUUGUGUGAGCAAAUAAGAGGCACAUAAUGGCUUCCACAAGCAUGGCCAUGCUUAGACAAGGAACUGUCUAAUGUUCACUUAUAACAUAAGAUAAGGCUAUGAGGUUGCUGAUUUUAACUUUUAUUUAUUUUUGCAAAUAUUACCUACCUUCAGAUGAUGAAGAAAGGUAAAGUAUUUUGUCAUGGUCUCAAAGAGGGGACUUGUAUGUAUAGCCUGAUGCCACUGUGAUUUAUAACUCAUAUUUACUCUGCUGAAAAAAAAAUGUAACAAUCAGUUUCCUAAACAACCUUGCAGAUUGUCUGUGACACAAAAAAAUCUGUUCAUAACUCAGUCAUUCGUGCCAAUAAGUGUCACUAUUUUUCUACAUUUGCUUCUUGGUUGGCAUUUUGUGUAACAUGUGAUGUGUACAAAUGAUAAUUAAAAUAACAGUAAUAAACCCCUUUAAUUCUUUUACCAGAA